AUGCUGAACAGAGCGACUCUUCCUUCAUCCGCCGCUCGCGUCUCCUCCUCCCACUCUUCCUCCACUUCUUCUUCUUCUUCUUCUUCUUCGAGAAAGAAUGUCUUCACGCAACAUCAAGAACAACAACAACAACGACGAAAGAUAUCCUCGUCGUCUUUGUCGUCGUCGUCGUCAUCGUCGCGAUUGAUGAUGCAAAAGAAUAAAAGUAAGGAUAACCAAAGAAGACGAAAGAUAAGAACGAACGCAUUUUCUGGCGCGUCAAACAACAACAACGCGCGAGUGGCAGCUGCUUCAUCAUCGGCAGCUUCACCGCUGGAUAAGAUGGAAGCGUUAAUCGGAGCGAUUUGGAAAUUUGUCCGUCCACACACGAUUCGUGGGACUUUAUUAGGGACAACCGCCUUGGUCUCUAAAGUUUUGAUUGAAAAUCCAGAACUCAUUCAACUCUCGUUGUUCCCGCGAGCGUUGCUUGGAUUACUCGCGUUGCUGUGCGGGAACGGGUUUAUCGUAGGGAUUAACCAAAUCUACGACGUCGAAAUUGAUAAAGUAAACAAACCGUAUUUACCGAUUGCGGCGGGUGAGUUGUCGUUACCGAUGGCUUGGGCGUUUUGCUUGGCGACGGCGAUUGGAGGCGCGACAAUCGUCGCGAUGAAUUUCGGCCCAUUGAUCACCUCUUUGUACACCUUUGGCUUGUUCUUGGGAACAAUUUAUUCAGUACCACCGUUACGAUUAAAACGAUUCGCGUUGCCGGCGUUUAUGAUUAUUGCCACUGUGAGAGGGUUCUUGUUGAACUUUGGCGUCUUUCACGCGACCAGAGCGGCGUUGCGCUUGCCGUUUGUCUGGUCCCCGCCGGUUUUGUUCAUCACCAUUUUCGUGACGGUAUUUGCGACUGCAAUUGCCGUCACGAAAGAUUUAGCAGAUAUCGAUGGCGAUAAGCAGUUUGGGAUAGAGACGUUUACGACAAAGAUGGGAGUCAAGAACGUGAGUUACAUUGGAAGUGGUUUGUUGUUGAUGAACUACGUGUUUGCGAUUGGUUUGUCCGUCUUCAACCCGACGUGGUUCAACCAAAAGAUUAUGAUCACCGUGCACGCAAUCUUAGCGACGUAUUUAAUCGCCAAGACGAGAAAGUUGGAGAAGGCUGGUUUUACUCAGAGUGCCGUGCAAACGUAUUACCAAGACGUCUGGAAAUUGUUCUACUCUGAGUACUUAUUACUUCCGUUUAUUUAA